AUGUCAUCAACCACACCGGAUAUCUCUUCUAUACCAGUUCAACCGACAAUAAAUUCUUUUACUAGUCGAAUUGUGUCAGAUGAUGGUAAUGAUUCAAUGAAUGAAGCUUUAGAUGCCACUAAUGGUAACACAGAUAAAACACCAGUCAUUGAUGCCAAUGAUAGAGAAUGUGAUAAUGCUGACCCUGAAAAGUGUGAAGAAAGUAAUGAGAAAAAUAGGCAAAAGACAUCUGCUGUUUGGUUAGAGUUCAAAGAAGUCACUCUUUCUGAUGGUUCCAAAAAAAAAGAAUUGCAAAAGCGUGUUAUUAGCUUUGUUCACAUACCUCCUCCUCCUCGUGGUGUUGAGAUUACUGAUUGUAUUUUUAAGUGUCUAAAAGAAUGGGGAAUUGAAAACAAGGUGUUUACACUUUCUGUGGACAAUGCUUCAAGCAAUGAUGUGACGAUUAGAAUUUUUAAAGACACUUUUUCAAGAAAUAGGAUGUUGUUUUGUGGAGAAAAAUUAUUUCAUAUUCGGUGUUGUGCACAUAUCUUAAAUCUCAUGGUUCAAGAUGGCCUUUCUGAGAUUAAGAAUGUGAUUGGUGAUGUUCAUGAAAGUGUCAAUUUUAUUAAUCAAAAUGAGGCAAGACUUAACUCAUUUUCUGACAUAGUACAGCAGUUACAGUUACCUGAUAGGAAACUCGUUCUCGAUUGUAAAACACGUUGGAAUUCGACAUUCAAGAUGUUGUCGAUUGCAAUCAAAUUCAAAGAAAUGUUUUCGAGACUCAAAGAGCGAGAAUCUCAUUAUGAAUGUUGUCCAAGUCAUGAAGAUUGGAAAAAGGUGAAGAAAGUUUGUGAGAUUUUAGAAGUUUUUAAUUCAGCCACUAAAAUCAUCUCUGGAAGUGAUUAUCCAACUUCAAAACUGUUUCUGAAUGAAGUUUAUCGUGUGAAAGUGUUGUUGGAUAAAAAGAUGAAUGAUGAAAAUGAAUUUGUUCAAGCAAUGGUUCGUAAGAUGAAGAGUAAAUUUGAUAAAUAUUGGGGAGAAUGUAAUUUGUUGAUGUCUAUAGCAGCAAUCUUGGAUCCAAGGUGCAAAAUGAGGGUGAUUGAGUUUUUCUUUCCUCGAAUGUACCCUGAUAGAGAAGCAAGAGAAAAUAUUGCUAAAGUUCGAGAUGCCCUUUAUGAGAUUUAUGAUGAAUAUGCUCAUGAGUAUCAAUUUGGCAAUGAGCAUAGUGCUGAAACUCAAGUGCAUGAUAAUGGUAUUAGUGGUAUGAAUAUAGAAGGUUCUUCUUCUGGUUGGUUUGAAUUUGUAAAUUAUGUAAAAUCAAUUGAAACUGCUCAACCACAACAAUCUGAUUUAGAUGUCUACCUAGCUGAAGGUUGUUUUAUCUAUGAAGGAGAUUCCACUAAGUUUCAUGCUUUGGAAUGGUGGAAAGCGAGCACUUUGAAAUAUCGUAUUUUAUCCAAGAUGGCUCGGGAUAUACUUGUUAUUCCUAUCACUACAGUGGCUUCAGAAGCUACCUUUAGUGCAGGAGGUAGAGCUAUUGAUACUUAUCGUGCUUCUUUAUCUCCUGACACAGUGCAAGCAUUACUUUGUGGAGGAGAUUGGUGUCGAAAUCUUCAUGGAGUGAAGAAGAAGAACAAAAAAGAAAAGAAAUCAAUUGAGAUUGCACUCAAAAUCCCCUAA